AUGGCUUUUUCUCAUAAGAAAUCACGGGAUGAACAAAACAUCAAGGAAUUUCUUAGAAAUUAUGGAUCUCUUGCUCUUAAAAGAUACAAGUACUCAGAUGUUAAGAAAAUGACUAACUCUUUUUCAGAUAAAUUAGGUCAAGGAGGCUAUGGAGGAGUAUAUAAAGGAAAGCUAUUUAAUGGUCGUGCUGUAGCAGUGAAACUCUUGAUAAGAAAGUCCACAAGAAAUGGAGAAGAUUUCAUAAAUGAAGUUGCUAGCAUUAGUAGAACAUCCCAUGUUAAUAUUGUCACUCUUCUUGGUUUUUGCAAUGAAGGAAGUAGAAGAGCUCUAAUCUAUGAAUUUAUGCCCAACGGAUCUCUUGACAAGUUCAUAUAUGAUCAUAAAUCUCCAAGUAAUUGUCAUAAGUUGACGUGGGAAACAUUGUUGCAAAUUGCAGUUGGCAUUGCCCAAGGGCUAGAGUACUUGCACCGAGGUUGUACAACAAGGAUUUUGCAUUUUGACAUAAAACCUCACAAUAUUCUUUUGGAUGAGUACUUCAGCCCCAAAAUUUCUGAUUUUGGCCUUUCUAAGCUUUGUCAUGAAGAAAGUAUUGUGUCGAUGAUGGACACCCGUGGUACUUAUGGGUACAUUGCUCCAGAAGUCUAUUGUAGAAACUUUGGAGGGGUUUCUUACAAAUCUGAUGUUUAUAGUUAUGGGAUGCUAGUUCUUGAAAUGGUUGGAGGAAGAAGGAAUAUCGAUGUUGAAAGAUCUCAUACUAGUGAGAUAUAUUUUCCGAAUUGGAUAUAUAAGCACCUUGACCUAGAGGAGGAUUUGAGACUUCUUGAAGUUGUGACUGCUGAGGAAGAAGAAAUGGCAAGGAAGAUGAUUCUAGUGAGCUUGUGGUGCAUUCAAACUAUUCCAUUAGAUAGACCAUCAAUGACAAAAGUGGUGGAGAUGUUGGAAGGAAGCCUUCAAUCACUAUCUAUUCCCCCGAAGCCUACACUAUCUUCUUCUUAA